AUGACAUUCUCAACAGCGCCUGCCCUGCUAUUUGGCCUGGGCAUACGCGUUGCCCUUAACAAGUUCUCGAGCACUUCUGACGCCAGUAUUGACGAGAGUGCCAUCAGCGAUGUCAUUCUUCUCGGCGUCGUCCAAGGCGUCGCCCUCUAUUAUGCUCUGAUGGAAUAUCCCGAUUUCGCGUUCGCCAUUGCAUUUGGCAUUGCUGCCAGGCUCGCUAUCGAGUUCAUGAUGCUACAGGACGUCUCCAGGUGCGCGACUACCUUGCUCGGUGUCGCCCUUGGUGUCCUUGUCACCGACGUCCUAUCACAACUCAUCGAGGAUGGGUACUUUUAUGACUUCAACGGAGACUCUAGUCGUGACCACGAGAGCACGUACGCCCCAAAACGAAAACGUCUCGUCAAAUUCCAGUCUAGCACAGAGUACAAAGUGAUACCCCCCAGUCGACCACCGCGCUCGCGGAGAAACGAGCCUGAGCAGCGAUGGCGUGCGCCACCUUCGCUGACUUCAACCAGUAGCAUCGAUCCCAACCACAACAUGAGCCCGCUGGAACGGGAGUUGGCGGUGCUACGCGCAAAGGCGUCGCUGGCGGAUAGUGAGCGGAGACGGUUCAAGGAGGAAAAAAAGUGGGCUGAGUCGCAGGGGAACAUCGCGCGGGUAUCUCAGAUGAGUUGGCAGGUGAAGAGGUACACUGCCCUCACGCAGAGCUUUACUCGUGAAGCAGAUGCUAGACUCCUUGAAGUGACUGCGAUGAAGCAACGGCAACAGCUGCAGACUACUGCAGCGGUUGCUCCACAGCCCUCGAACAGGCAUCAGGUCGAUCGGCAUACAAAUCAUUCUCGACAAACAGCCCAGGAGGUUGUGAUUGAUAGACAGUCCACUGUCACUGUGGAUGUUGCAAGGAGGCAUCGGAGGCAGAGCUCCGGAACCUUGAAGUCCGCAAUGCGUCUUCAAGUACGAUGA